AUGUUUUUCAAAAGCAUUGGAGCAGCAACACUGCUUGCUGCUAAAGCAGCAGCCACUAUUUACUAUGCAGGUGUUGCCGAAAGUGGUGGAGAAUUCGGUGUCUAUAGCAGUACUGCAACUGUCGGCACUGGACUUCCAGGUCGUUUUGGAGUAGACUAUGAUUUCAUCAACGAAGCUGCUAUCGAUACUUACGUUGACCAGAACAAAGUCAAUCUCUUUCGGGUUGCAUUUUUGCUGGAGCGUAUGUGUCCUCUGGCAACUGGCCUUGGAUCCACCUUCAACGAGACAUACUAUCAAGAAUUCGCUGAUGCUGUGAAUUACAUCACUGUCACCAAAGGAGCUUAUUGCAUCUUGGAUCCUCACAAUUACAUGAGAUACAACAAUCCAAGCCAGCAGCCAACAACGGGUAGCAUUAUCGGCGAUACUACUGAUGCCAAAGCAGCCACGACGGCUCAAUUUGCCACCUUCUGGGCCACGCUCGCAGGACGAUUCAAGUCCAACGAGAAAGUUAUCUUUGGACUUAUGAACGAGCCUCACGACAUGGACACCAAUCUCAUCCUUACGAAUGACCAAGCGGCCAUCACCGCUAUCCGAGGCGUUGGGGCAAAUCAACUGAUUAUCGCACCCGGAAAUGGCUACACAGGCGGACAUUCCUGGACUCAGGAAUACACCGGAAACUCGCCCGCAUCAAGCACUGUUAUGUACAAGAUCACCGAUCCAAUCAACAACACCGCAUUCGAUAUCCACGAAUACCUCGACAGUGAUUUCUCUGGCACACAUGCCAACUGUUCUCAAGCCGCGGCCACCAAUCUUGCUCCUCUCACCAGCUGGCUUCAACAGUAUGGCUUUAAGGCCAUGAUUACCGAGUUUGGUGGUGCGAAUGGAACAGAAUGUGACUCAUACAUUACCGAUAUGGUGAACUACAUGGCUGAGAAUGACGUCUAUAUUGGGUGGACUGCCUGGGCCGCUGGUCCAUUUUGGGGUACGAAUUCAGCUUGCUGUUCGGAUUCCAUGCAAUGGGGGAGUUUGGAACCGGGAAGUACUGCCGCAGAUGGUUCUCCAGGAAUGUACACCACCGUUUGGCUUAAGGAGAUCCAGCCAUUGCUCCCUACCACAUUGGUCAAGAGUGGCAUCUCGAGCCUGAAUCCAAACGGCACAACGGGCGGUAGUUCUUCAAGUUCUUCAAAGGUAUCAGCUAGCACGAGCGUGGUCGCGAGCUCCACCAUGAGUACGAAAGUCUCGACAACAAGUACAGCGGCAGCUGGGGUACCCCUUUAUGGUCAGUGUGGUGGAACUGGUUGGGCUGGAGCCACGGUUUGCGCGGUUGGCACGUGCAAGUAUUCCAACGCAUGGUACUCGCAAUGCUUGAACUGAAGUUGAGGAAGGGGUGGUGGACCUCGCACCAGUAUGGAGAUUUUGUGAGUAUGAGAAAGUGUAUAUAGGGGUAAGAUGAGUGUAUAUAUGGAACAUUAGGACCUCUAAGCCGUGG